AUGUCGGUCAGAGUCGUCGCGCGUAUUCGGCCCCUGCUGAAGAACGAGAUCGAGAAGGAUGUCAUUGUCGAGGCGGCCAAAGCACCAGGCGAACACGGCGAAAGCAAGACGAUUGUCAAGAUCCCAAAUGCAAAGACGGAUGCCGAGCUAUACUCCUUUCAAUUCAACAGCGUGUACGAUCAGCAUGCCACACAACAGGACAUCUUCGAGAAUGAAGUCUCGCCCACAAUCAAGCACCUCUUCAAGGGCUUCGACGUAACUCUCUUCGCCUACGGAGUCACCGGCACUGGAAAGACACAUACCAUGCGAGGCGGAAAAGCAUUAGCAGAUCGAGGCGUGAUACCUAGACUGCUUUCAAGCAUAUACCGCCGCGCACGCAAAGUGGAGAAGGACACAGCAGGCGAGACUUCCGUCCAAGUGUCCAUGAGCUACUACGAAAUCUAUAACGAUCGCGUCUACGACCUCUUCGAGCCUCCGGAGAAGCGAACACCUGCUGGUCUUCCAAUCCGAGACAAUUCGAGUGGAAAGGCUGUCGUCGUUGGCUUGACCGAGCGGCCAUGCACAACGCUGAAAGAAUUCGAGCGACUAUACGACGAAGCGAACGUGAACCGAUCCACUUCCGCCACCAAGCUCAACGCGCACUCUUCCAGAUCCCACGCCAUACUGUGCAUCAAGGUCAGCCAGACAUCAGGAAACGAGAUACGGGAAAGCACAGCUUCAGCCAUUGAUUUGGCAGGAUCUGAAGAUAAUAGGCGGACUGACAACAACAAGGAACGUUUGGUAGAAAGCUCGGCUAUCAACAAAUCGCUGUUCGUGCUUGCCCAAUGUGUGGAGGCCAUCUCCAAGAAGCAAGCGCGCAUACCAUACCGCGAGUCGAAAAUGACUCGCAUCCUGGCUCUGGGCCAGAACAAUGGCUUGACCGUGAUGAUGCUCAAUUUGGCGCCGGUCCGGAGCUAUCACUUGGAUACACUCAGCAGUCUUAAUUUCGCCAACCGAACGAAGAAGAUUGAAGUCAACGAGAUUGAGAACCAGCCCUUCUUCCGAGAUCAAGGCGACAAGAAGAAGUCAGACGGCGCUGCUUCAAUUGCCGCAGCUUCUGCUAUGAACAGGCAGCCACUACGACCAAAGAUUUUGUCUCACAACUCUCAUCUCAAAGAUGUCACGAAUACCGCCAAGCCGACUAAAUCUUUCGCCGUCUACGCCGACAAGCCAAAGCCCAAACUUGCGACUCUAGCCAACUCCGGCCAAGCGAGAGCUGUUCCUCCGUCUAUCAAGUCACCAAAGCGAACUAGUAGUGAAGCCAUGUACACACUUCCUAGGCCGUCGAAGUUCUCCAAAACCAGCGCCGAAGCCGGCAUGUCGAAAGACGCGAUAGAGGCGCUGAUCGAGCGGAAGGUGACUGAGGCACUAGCCGGACGCGUGGACCAGACGACAAUCACUGCUCAAGAUCCAAUUCCUGAUGAAGUGCAGAAACGGCUUGACGCGCUGGAGAAACGUGUCGAAGGUCAAGAGACGGAGCGAGCGGAAGGUCUGCAAUACCUGCUCAUGGCCAAGCAGCAUCAGGUCAGAGGCGAGGAUGUUAGCGCGCUGAAGAUGUAUCAGCUUGCUCUGCCGCAUUUCCCGGGCAAUGAGAAGCUUAUACGCAAGAUGGCUGUCUUGCAGGACAAGAUUGAUGCGAAAAAAGCCGAGAGACACGCGUCUACCGCGACAACCUUUGAAUAUCCUGCAGUAGAAUCCCGCCCAAUUCAUCGAUUGCUAGCACGACGAAAGCCGAGACCGGAUGAGGAGGAUCAAAGCUAUCACGAAGCCCAAGAUGGGGAUGCAUACGAUGAAGACGACGGAUUUGCGUAUCGGCCACGCACCAAGAUACGACGACCAAAGCUACCACAGCACUCAUCAUCGCCCAGGUCAGGCCUAAAACACUCGCCGCCACCUGAAGGAGAUUCGGAUGACGAGCUGGCCGCUUCCUUGAUGGCACAGACUCCACGUACUCGACAGCUUCUCGAAAUCAUCAACACGAAGGAUGUCAGCCAAAUCAAGUUGCUCAAAGGUGUUGGUGCAAAAAAAGCCGAAGCAAUCGUCAAUUGCCUCUGCGAUCUUGAUGAUAGUGUCAACUCUCUGGGACAGCUUGGCAAGCUGAAAGGCGUGGGUGUCAAGACAGUUGAAAAUAUGCGUUCAGGUCUACUUGCUUAG